GAUUAUUUCCAGCAGGAAAAACAGCUGCAACUGAGGGGGCAGCGAUGCCAAAGCCCAGGCGUCCGGAGUCAGAACUCUGAGAUUUGUGAAGAGUUAAGUGAGUUGCACGUGGAUAAGCAGUUGAAGGCUGAGCCACCACCUCCAGUAGGGCAAAAAGAGCUUGAUGAAAUCAGUCUUUCUGAAGGCAGCACAGUGGAUUUGACAAAUCCUGCAGAACUGCUGGAGCAGAUCCCUGAGUUUGCUGAGGAGCUGAUGGAGCCUGAAGAUUGCUUCCCCGAAGUUUGUGUGAGAUUCUUCCCAUGCUGUUCAGUGGACAUCACAAAAUUCCCCGGCAAAAUUUGGUGGAGGCUGCGGAAAACCUGCUACAGAAUCGUCGAACACAACUGGUUUGAAACCUUCAUCAUAUUCAUGAUCCUGCUGAGCAGUGGAGCCCUGGCUUUUGAGGAUAUUUACCUUGAAGAUCGAAAAAACAUAAAAACCAUGCUGGAAUAUGCUGACAAAAUAUUCACUUACAUCUUCGUCUUGGAAAUGCUCCUGAAAUGGGUGGCUUAUGGCUUCAAGAAGUAUUUCACCAACGCCUGGUGCUGGCUUGACUUCCUAAUUGUAGAUGUCUCUCUAAUAAGCCUCAUAGCCAGUACACUUGGAUACUCUGAGAUGGGCCCCAUUAAAUCCCUCAGGACCCUCCGAGCCCUGCGACCAUUAAGAGCGUUGUCACGAUUCGAAGGGAUGAGGGUGGUGGUCAAUGCCCUCGUGGGAGCCAUCCCUUCCAUCAUGAAUGUUCUGCUCGUCUGCCUCAUCUUCUGGCUUAUCUUUAGUAUCAUGGGAGUGAACCUGUUUGCUGGGAAAUUUGGGAAGUGCAUUAAUAAGACAGAAGGAGAUAUGCCUUUAGACUCUAAAAUCAUUAACAACAUGAGUGACUGCAUACUCUAUAACGUGUCAGGCACGUUUUACUGGACGAAAGUUAAAGUUAACUUCGAUAAUGUUGGUGCUGGGUACCUGGCUCUGCUACAAGUGGCCACAUUUAAAGGUUGGAUGGAUAUUAUGUACGCAGCAGUGGAUUCACGAGAGUGUGAGGAGCAGCCCGAAUGGGAGUGUAAUUUAUACAUGUACCUGUACUUUGUGAUUUUCAUCAUCUUUGGGUCUUUCUUCACAUUGAACCUCUUCAUUGGUGUCAUCAUUGACAAUUUUAACCAACAAAAGAAAAAGAUAAGUGGCCAGGACAUCUUUAUGACAGAAGAACAGAAAAAGUAUUAUAAUGCAAUGAAAAAGCUGGGAUCUAAGAAACCUCAAAAGCCAAUCCCAAGGCCACUGAACAAAUACCAAGGUUUUAUUUUUGAUGUUGUCUCAAAACAAGCCUUUGAUGUCUCCAUUAUGAUUCUCAUCUGCCUUAACAUGGUUACCAUGAUGGUGGAAACAGAUGACCAAAGUCAAGAAAAAGUGAACAUUCUCCAUAAAAUCAACAUGCUUUUUGUUGCCAUCUUCACUGGGGAAUGCAUCUUCAAAAUGCUGGCCCUGAGACACUACUACUUCACCAAUGGCUGGAACAUAUUUGACUUUGUCGUCGUGAUUCUGUCUAUCGUAGGCACCGUACUUUCUGAUAUCAUUCAGAAAUACUUCUUCUCUCCCACACUCUUCAGAGUCAUUCGCUUGGCUCGUAUUGGCCGGAUCCUAAGACUCAUCCGGGGAGCCAAAGGAAUUCGAACUCUCCUGUUUGCCUUAAUGAUGUCCCUACCUGCUCUGUUCAACAUUGGCCUCUUGCUUUUUCUGGUCAUGUUCAUUUAUGCCAUUUUUGGCAUGGCUAACUUUGCCUACGUUAAGAAGGAGCAUGGGAUUGAUGACAUGUUCAACUUCCAAACCUUUGCUAACAGCAUGCUCUGUCUCUUCCAAAUCACAACGUCAGCUGGCUGGGAUGGUCUUCUCAACCCUAUUUUAAACACUGGACCACCGUAUUGCGACCCAAACCUACCGAAUGCAAAUGGUUCGAAGGGAGACUGCGGGAGCCCUGCUGUAGGGAUUUUAUUCUUUGUUACUUAUAUCAUUAUAUCAUUUCUCAUUGUUGUAAACAUGUAUAUAGCCAUUAUUUUAGAGAACUUCAGUGUAGCCACUGAGGAAAGUACAGAGCCUCUAAGCGAGGAUGAUUUUGAUAUGUUCUAUGAAAUCUGGGAGAAGUUUGACCCUGAAGCCACUCAGUUUAUUGAGUAUUCUGCACUUUCAGACUUUGCAGAUGCACUGUCAGAACCUUUGCGCAUAGCAAAACCAAACAAAAUCAAACUCAUAGCAAUGGACCUGCCCAUGGUCAGUGGAGAUAGGAUCCAUUGCUUGGAUAUUUUGUUUGCUUUUACAAAAAGGGUGCUAGGAGAAUCCGGAGAGAUGGAUGCCCUUAAAAUACAGAUGGAAGAAAAGUUCAUGGCAGCGAAUCCAUCUAAGAUCUCUUACGAACCAAUUACAACAACUCUCAGACGGAAGCAAGAAGAGGUCUCUGCCAUCGUCAUCCAGCGGGCCUACAGGAGACAUUUGUUUCGGCGCUCCAUGAAGCAGGCAUCUUACUUGUACCGGCACAGAACUUUUGACAGCAGCAUCCUCGAGGACGAUGCACCCGAGAAGGAGGGUCUUAUUGCGUUCAUGAUGAACGAAAACUACGGCAGGCCAAUAGACAAAUCAGAAACUCUGUCCUCCACUUCUUUCCCUCCAUCCUACGACAGCGUCACCAGAGGUACGAGUGAUAAUCUCCAACUGAAGAUGACAGACUCGAGCAAAAGCAAUGAGGCUAUAGAUUGUCUGCUCUCGCCAGACAGGGAUAAAGAAUCAAUCGUUUAAAUGUUUGCUUAGAAUGCUUUAAAAUAUUGUUUACAGAAUGUAAUGCUGUAACUACACAACGAUUGAAGCAGCCUUCUUAUUAAACCUUAGUUGCAAAAGAAACAAUGGAGUUUUUGCCCUUAACUUCAGGAGUCUAAUAAGUCAUAUAACCUUUGACCCUGCUCUUUUUGACUUGGCUCAAUAUUUAUAUUUAUAUAUACACAGGAAGAAUCUUUGCAGGGUCAUAGCUGUUAUAUCAAUGGUGUGAAUAUGAAUAUGCUAGACUGUAAAACAGUAAACACAGUGUAUAUCUAAUCCACAGAUAAAGCCUGGCUGUAUACAUUCAUUUAAGGUCUUACUCAUACUAGUGUGUUUACUUAUGGCGAUGUAUGAC